AGAUUCUUGUAAAAAGACUUCAAUCAGUUUGUGGUGACAAUAAUGUGUCGACAAAUGUCUCGGUUCGGGAACAACACGGAAAAGAUGAGGGAUUUUAUCCCACAAUACCUCCCGAUGUUGUAGUGUUUGUAUCCAACACACAACACGUCAGUGAUGUCCACAAAAUUUGCUAUGAAAUGAAUGCACCGAUUAUUCCGUACGGAUCGGGAACGGGACUCGAGGGUGGAGUUAAUGCCAUCAAUGGAGGCGUUUGUAUUGAUUUAAAAAAUAUGAAUAAAGUUAUUGAAGUUAAUAAAGAAGACUUUGAUUGUGUGGUUGAGGCCGGCAUUGAUUGGCGUUCACUAAAUGAAUAUCUACGAGACACCGGUCUGUUUUUCCCAAUAGAUCCCGGUGCCAGUGCAUCCAUUGGUGGAAUGGCAGCUACAUGUGCAUCGGGAACUAAUGCAGUUUAUUUUGGAACAAUGAAGAAAAAUAUACUAAAUCUGGAAGUGGUUCUACCAAAUGGUGAUAUAAUUAACACGAGUGGACGCAAAUGUCGGUCUCGCAAAUCAUCGGCCGGUUAUAACUUGACGUCAUUUUUUGUCGGUAGUGAAGGAACUUUUGGUACAAUCACUAAAAUUUGUCUUAAACUUAGCGUAAAUCCUAUUUGUGUUUCUGCGGGUGUCUGUAGUUUUCCCGACGAAAAAUCGGCCAUUCAUUCAGUCAUUGAAAUUCUUCAAUCAGGUAUUCCUGUCGCUAGAAUUGAGUUCAUGGAUUCAAUUGGUCUGCAGGCGUGUCGUGAUUAUAGUAAAAUAGAUUUACCGGACAGUCCAACAAUAUUUGUAGAGUUAAUUGGGUCGACACCUAAUCAAGUGACACAACAAUCAUUAAUAGUGGAAAAUAUUGUCACUUCUAAUGGCAGCACAAACUUCAAGUCGUCGACAAAUAGUGAAGAAAGAAAAAAACUGUGGAAAGCAAGACAUGAAGUUCAUUACGCUUUCAAACAAAUCAAUCCAAAUGCCAGUGCUAUCAUUACAGACGUUUGUGUACCCAUUUCAAGACUAACUCAAAUCAUACUUAAAACAAGACAAUUGCUUAAUCAGUACAGAUUGACAGCACCUAUAGUUGGACACGUAGGCGAUGGUAACUUUCAUACCGAUAUUUUUUUUGAUCCACAAAAUAAAGAUGAAGUGAGUCGGGCUAAGUCUGCGGCUAAUUAUAUCUGUGAUAUGGCAUUGGAGUUGAGCGGCACCUGUACUGGUGAGCACGGGGUUGGAAGAGGUUGUGCCGAUUGGAGAGACCAGAAGUUGUCAUUUAUGAGCUCUACAUGCGAUCAAACAUCCAAACUAUACGACUGUACACUAAACCAAUUGUGUGGGCUUUACGAUGACCAACAAUAUGGAGGGUUUAUGAAGACAAUGGCAGAUAUGACUGCAAGUGAUCCCAACUUUGUUUUGGGACAAUGUUUGACAUUAGGUAUGGAAUUAAGUAGUAUUAAUGUCAAUACUAGUCAUCAACUAAAAGAAAAAGUCAAUCAUUUGGUUGAUCUCAUGGAUAAUAAUAAAAUAAAUUAUAAUAAACGCGAAGAAUUGCACGUAAAAGCUAUUCAACAUUUGGCUGAUCUGAAUAUAAAGAGUGCCUUAAAUGUCUUCGAAGAGAUACUAACGGAAUGGCCGACUGAUAUUCACGCCAUUCGUUUAUCUCAUGUAUUAUACUUUGAGAACGGAUUGCAAAAUCAAAUGCGAGACUCAAUUGCACGGGUAUUACCACAUUGGAAGCACAGGUCGAUACCAAUGGAAGGUUAUGUUCACGGGAUGUAUGCGUUUGCAUUGGAAGAGACAAAUAUAAUGUCAAAAGCAAAGAUUGAGGCAGAGUUGGCACUCAGUAUGAAUGACUGCGACGGAUGGGCCACACAUGCCAUGUCUCACAUUCAUGAGACCUGUGGUAUGAGUGACACCGGUAUUAAGUUUUUAAAAGAUAGGGAAAACAAGUGGACUAAAGCUAAUUAUCUUUCGUGUCAUAACUACUGGCAUUUGGCACUUCAUUAUAUUGAACAACAAGACUUUGACAGAGCUGUUGAUAUAUUUGACAGUGAAAUCUUGAAAAGGGCUUCCAGUGGGCGCUUCGGUAACAUUACUGAUGCCUCACAAUUACUGCUACGAUUGGAUCUAAUUGAUUCAAAUUGUAGUGUUGUUAAUGAUAAACGAUGGCAAGAGGUAUAUAGUAUAACGAAACCAAAUUUAGACAAACCGUAUAGAUUGGGAUUCUUUGACAUUCACUUUCUGAUUGCAUGUCUGGGCUCUAAACACGAGGACAGUGUCGAGCAGUUUAUGAUCAAAAUUAAAGAUUAUGAAAGUAAUGAACAGUGGUUGACAACGACACGUACUAUAGUGAAUGCAUUGAUUGAGUUUUAUCGACAAAACUAUCAAAAAUGUGUUGAUUUGCUUCUGGAUGUUAGAUAUACCACACAAUGUAUGGGUGGAAGUAAUGCACAAAGAGAUCUAUUCAAUCGUGUCCUUACAGUGGCGGCCAUAAAAUCGCCCGUUAAAUGGCACAACACAUUAGCUAAUAAUUUGCUAAAUGAAACACAAAGUUUUCAAUUGAAUUAA